AUGGCGCAAGAAGAUCUUCCUUUUGAGGUGAUUGUUACUAUACUGAUGCUUCUUCCAGCUGAAAGCUUGAUCCGUCUCAUGUGUGUCUCCAAAGCAUGGUAUGCUUUGAUCACCAAUGCCGAGUUCAUCCAAAAUCAUCUCCAGAUUAUGGCUUCAAGAGGUAAUGAGUACAUUUUAUGUGGUCCAAUCAAGGUUUUUAGCCCUGCCAAAUCUGAUUUGCUUUGUGCUAAAGACCCCAAUUUUGCCUAUAAAAUGGGAGUUCCAUCUACAUUUGAUUCUCGUCAUUGCCUCCAUGUUUCUUCAUCCUAUGGUUUAGUACUUAUGAGUGGCGCAUAUAAUUUUGGGAAGACCUUGUAUUUAUGGAAUCCUUGUAUUAGAAAAUACAAGUGCAUUUCCUCUUCAUGUAUUGACAUAAAGAAGUCAAAUAGGCUAGGUAGUUCCUUGGUUGUUGGAUUUGGUUAUCUCAACCAAGCAAAUGACUAUAAGAUCGUAAGAAUUGUGUACAUUGAAAAAGAUGAUGAUCAUUUCUUGGAUGAGGACAAUGACUAUAUGGAUGGUGAUGAUCAUGAUGAUAUUGGUGGUGAUGUCAAUGAGAUAAUUGAAAUGGAGAUUGAUGAAGAUAUUAGUGCUAGUAAGGCUGAGUCAAGUAGUAAUGACGAUAGAACUACAGAGGUUGAAGUUUAUUCAUUGACCAGAGAUUCUUGGAAAAAAGUUGAAAUCCAGUCUUUUCGGUGGUUCUUGUGUGAUUACUUUACUAGAGCAUUCGUUAACAAUUGUGUCCAUUGGAUGGUGUUCUAUAGGCGCGUCAACGAGGAUGAAUCGAUGAUUUUGGCCUUUGAUCUUGAGAAAGAAGCCUUUCAGCAAAUUACAGUGCCUCAUUAUGAGGACGAUGUAGCUGAAUAUGUAGAGAGUAUUGUUCAUAAGGAAGCUCUUGGUUUUGUGGUCAUUUAUCCUCAAGAAACAACUGAACUUUGCUCUCUGUGGGAGAUGAAGGAAUAUGGACUGGUUGAAUCAUGGAGUAAAGUAUUUAAUGUCGAAGUUGGAGGGACAAUUUAUAGACCAUUUACCAUAACCAAGAAUGACCAAAUUAUGUUUAAAGGGGAAAAUCAAGGCUUAAGUCUUUAUAGCUUUCAAAGUCAAGAGAUUAAAACUGUCACAGUUAAACUUGAUUCAGAUGAGCUUGACUUUUUGUCCACAGUGGAUAGCCUGAUUCUUCUCUAG